AUGGGUAUUCCAUCCUCAUUACCCACAAACCCUAACCCCAGCCCCAGUCCGCCAUCACCUCAAUCGCCACCACCUCAGUCACCGCCACCACCCCCAAGCCAAAUACCACCUCUCAUUCCGCUGACUCCCCUCUCGCCGCAAUCCGAGCCACAAAAUGAAACACCAAUUCCCGACACCCAUUCCCCAGAACCAGCGCCUGAACCUGUGCCUACUCAAACGAAAACCCAAGGCAAAACAAAAAAGGCUGCAAGUAAACCUAAGAAAACCCCUGUCGGAAAACGGAAACGAGUACCCUCUGUUCCUUUCAACCUGAAUUCUCCACCUCAGCCGUCCUCUGAACCAGUUAGCAAAAGGACCAGGUCUUCCUCACAAACUCCAGCACCAGUGACCCAAACACCAAUAACUCAGUCUCCCUUACACUCUCCAGCACCUGCGUCAUCUGCAGAUACUAUAGAGGAGAUGGGAUAUAAUUCAUUGCAAGCAAAUUAG